AUGGGUGUUUAUAAAUCCUGUGUCUUGGGGAACUGCUCCGUUGUCCGCUCCUCUCUGCAGAAUCCGGAUGCCUCUUCCCUAGAUGGAUCAAACCAGCACUACAAGUGUCUACAAAAAGAACCCUGGCAAGGCAAGAUUAUUUACAACCAGAGUCAAAACAUCCAAGCAUGGUUUGAAUGCUCUCACCCUGAACAAGCAACCAGGAAACAGCUGGCCAAGGAAAUUGGCAUUCCAGAAAUCUUUCAAACUUUCUAGAGGAACCAAUACCUUGAUAUUGCCACCAGGAAAACACUAGCCAAACAGGCAUUCGGAAUUGAGAAUUCAAAGAUGUGGUUUCAGGACCCAAGAUCUCUGUACCCUGGGCAGAGGAGAAGUGAGCCUGUGAAUUCCUUGCUAGAUGGCCCAAAUGUGAGACCCGGUCCGACAGUUCAGCAGCCUGAAAUUGACCUGUGGACUCUCCCAGGCCGAUUUUCUUCCUUCCUCCAGUUCUUUCAGCAGGAACCAAUCAUUUCUACCUGUUCUUCUCCCUUCCUACGGGUCCCUAGUGUGAUCCAAGGACAAAGUGUCAUCAUGCAGCCUGUGAAGCUGUGCAGGGAGAACUCUCUCUCCACGCUAACAUCUGGGAAUGAUGUGCUUGUACCGCUGACUAUGGGAGGAGACCCAGAUACUCAGGAUCCUUUCUGGUCCCAAUACCAAGAACACCAGGACCACCAAUAACAGACUGACAUGGGAAUGCUACAGCUGGAAGACUACCCUCAGCCUCAACCUAAGCACACACACAAAAAACAACUGCCACAGGAUCUGGGCUAGGUGGACAUAUCUUUCGUUCUGCAGCGGUGGGAUGAGUGCUGCCAGCUGACUGUAGAGUGGAAUCCUCAAAAGGGAACCAUCGAAACAGACUGA